UUUUGAUUAACUAACAAAGGACGAAGAUUAGGGGCAAAUAUAAAAUCUGCAUUAAUCUAACUUUUCUUUUCAAAUAAAAAUUGUUAAGGACGAAGCUACUCCUUGGCGAGGACAAACACUCUUGGUUGGUUUACAGAGUGGACGUUGGACUGAUAAUGGAUUCAGCCGCGCGACCGAGCAUGGUCUUCACGGAGAAGAAGGAAAAAGAAACGCAAAAUGGAUCAGAGCAUUCGAUAGAAUCGGCCCUUAUUCAAGCUUCAAGUAAAGGUUACACGAUCGAUAUGAUUCUUGGAACAAACGAUCGAAGACCAAAACCCAAACAGGAGGAAGCGUUCGAACAAGAAAGCAAACUGUCAAGAAAUUCUAGCGACGACGAAGAUGACUUGAGCGUGGGCGACGAGAAAGGAUUCAAGGACGAGGACGACCUUGACGAAAAUGAUGGCAAGCCGAGAAAAAUGCGCCGGAGUCGCACCACCUUCACGACCUACCAACUUCACCAACUCGAGCGCGCUUUUGAGAAAACACAAUAUCCUGACGUUUUUACAAGGGAAGAGUUAGCCUUGAGGCUGGACUUGAGUGAGGCACGAGUGCAAGUAUGGUUUCAAAACAGAAGAGCUAAAUGGAGAAAACGGGAAAAGUCCAUGGGACGCGAAAGCCCUACAUACCUUUACGGGCCAUCGAAUGACUACAGGGCCCUUCAAGAUGUUCCGCACGUGCACCCUGGUGCACAUCCGUUCACUCCAGGAGUGGACAGAUGGCACCCGCAUGUCCCAGCCCUAAGCCUUUUGUCUCCUUUCGCCACUGCACCAAGUCCAUAUGGUCCUCUAGGAGCCCAUCUUAACGUUCCCGGACUCUCACCAGCAGCGAUGUAUACACACCAUUUGUACAGACAGUACGUCAGACCGGGAAUGACACCAUUUCUAAAGAACCCCUCGGAAACGCAGGAAUUUCGAAGAACGAGCAUAGAAAAUCUGAGAUACAAGGCAAAGCAACACAGCACCGCACAAUCACUAGCUGAUGGAAACAAGACUGUUUAACUUAUAAUCCGCCAAUUUACCUGCAAUAUAGAGCCAUUUUUAACUAUUCUAUGUGCCGACAAUAAGUAUAGAUAAAAUAAAACAAAGUUACUCUCCUCUAAUUUACAGUAAAGAAUCCAAUUAGGUUUUAGCGCUUAGCUCAAGCAUUUCUACAACAAAUAUAUAGACUAAGAAUUGUGUAUUGGCCUUCCAAGAAAUCGAGUUUCAAGAGAAAUCAACUUAACAUGUCACUCGAUGAGGCUUUUUAUGAGGACCAACGACUCUGGCUAACUUAGUAAAAGUCAAGCCAAGUAGAAAUACACCACUAAUCUGCGUAAAACAUUGACUUGUAAAGAAAUUACUUUGCGACCCAAAGUAAAGUUGAUCAACAACAUCACUAAUUAUUUUUUUACACAUCGACGUAUAUAAUUGGUUAUUGGCCUAUAAGGUCAUAAAAUCAGCAAGACAUUCGUAUAGAAUCAUAAUUACAACUCGAAAAUCGAGUCCACCAUCUUCAAAUAUUGUACAUAGUAUUCAUUAUACCUCAGCAAUACGGCUAUCCAUCGUUUUGAGGUUGAUGUAACUUAUUAUAAGAAUGUGUGCUUUUUUGUAAUAACGAGGAAUUGAAAAUAUAUUUAAAAUAGUAAAAUAUAUUUCUUAUUUAUAAACGCUGAAAUGCUUGGUGCAUGUAAGACCUCGAUUGUGGUAAUACAUUAGUUUGGAUAGUUAGAGCACGUGCAUACCCAUACUUGUAUUUUUCUAAUCUAAGGUUUCACAAAGUCACACGCAUUUUUUCUUCACUUUUCGUUGUGUCACCUUGAAAUACGCUUAUUUCAAGAAAAGCAGUUUCUAGAACAAUUUUAUGGCUUUGUAGUUUCUUUGCAAUUAAAGUCUGUCUGCUUUGAAUUGGGUAUUAAUGAUAUGGUUAAACAUUUAACUGAAGUAUUGUUAAAGUUUGUGAGCUAACUAAGAAGUGGUAAAUAAAGUUAGAUUCUAUAA